GCCGCGAUAAAUGCGCCGCCCGCCGCUGCUCCGCCGGAGCCGUCCUUCGCGGAGGAGCCGUCUUCUUGGGUCUUGCAGCAGCCAUGGUGCUGAGCCCCGUCAUCGGGAAGCUGGUCAACAAGAGGGUGGUGCUGGCCAGUGGCUCUCCACGCAGGCAGGAGAUUCUCACCAACGUGGGUCUCCGAUUUGAAGUUGUUCCCUCCUGGUUCAAAGAGACCCUUGAGAAGUCGUCUUUUGCAGCUCCUUAUGAAUAUGCUGUAGAAACUGCAAAACAAAAGGCACUUGAAGUGGCAAAAAGAAUGCAUAUAAAACAUCUUAAAACGCCAGAUGUUGUUAUAGGAGCUGACACUAUAGUGACAAUAGACAAACAAAUUUUGGAGAAACCAGUGGACAAACAAGAUGCCUAUAAGAUGCUUUCAAGGUUGAAUGGCAAGGAGCACAGUGUUUUCACUGGAGUCGCAAUCAUCCACUGCAGCAGUAAUGGUGUAUUUUGGUGCUACCUUCAAGACUUUAAGAAAAGUCCUUCCUUUAAACAGAGACAGAACACUCUUGACUUGGAAGAUAAUCAACUGGAGACCGAUAUAACAGAUUUCUAUGAAGAAACUAAAGUUAAAUUUUCUGAACUUUCUGAAGAACUCUUAUGGGAAUAUAUUCACAGUGGUGAGCCAAUGGACAAAGCUGGUGGAUAUGGAAUCCAGGCGCUUGGUGGAAUGUUAGUGGAAUAUGUUCAUGGAGAUUUCUUGAAUGUAGUGGGGUUUCCUUUGAAUCAUUUCUGCAAAAAGUUAGCAGAAUUGUAUUACCCACCCCCAAAGCACACCAUUCAUCAUCUAAAGUAUGAUUCAAUUCCUUCAGUAGAGACCUUUGAGAUCCUAAGUGAUGGAGAAGGUGACUCUUCAGAGAAUGUGCAGUUGGAAGUUGCUAAAAAGCUAAACAGUGAUGGAGUUAUCAGUAGCCUGGGAAAGCGCAUAGAUAGCAAUCACAACCACAGGGUAUCUGUGGAAGGUCAGAAUGUAGCAGCAGAAAAUGCAGCACAUGUUCCACCUACCCUUGUGCACCUUCUGGAUGGUUUCAAAGCAUCAAAGGCUAUGUUUGUGGCCUGUAAGCUGAAGGUAUUCGAUCUUCUCAAAGAUAAAGGCACCAUGACCACAGCUGAUGCUGCAAAUCAACUUAAUACCUCUGUGUGUGGUACAGAACGAUUACUUGAUGCCUGCACUUCUCUUGGCCUCUUGGAAAAGAGCCAUCAAGGUUACAGCAAUGCAGAGCUGACAAAUUUGUAUCUAGUAUCAAACAGUGAAUAUUCACUUCAUGACUACAUUCUUCACUGUAAUGAGCACAUGUGGCCCUUGUAUACACAUUUGGAGGCGGCAGUCAAGGAUGGAACCUCACAAAACCAUUGUGCAUCUGUGAAGAAAGUGGGCAACCUGUUUCAGGAUUUUUAUUGCCAAACUCCAGAAGUGAAGCAGCGUGUUAUGAGUGCUAUGCAUUGCAUUUCCAAACUGACAGCAAAAGAUAUAGGCACAGCUUUUGAUCUUUCACAGUUCAGAGCUGUAUGUGAUUUAGGAGGUUGCACAGGAACUUUAGCCUGUGAGCUAGUUCACAUCUACCCAGAAAUGAGAGUCACUGUACUUGAUCUUCCGGAUGUCAUCACAAGUGUGUCCAACUUUCAGCCUUCAAGACAACAUGGUACUCAAGUAUCCUUCAUAUCAGGUGAUUUUUUCAAAGAUAAUCUUCCUGAAGCUGAUCUUUAUAUUCUUUCAAGAGUUGUACAUCACUGUUCUGAGGAAAAGCUACAUACACUGUUAAGCAAAAUAUUCACUAUUUGCAAGCCAGGAGGUGCUUUGCUAAUAGCAGAAACUGUGCUGGAUGAGAAGCGAACAAACCCUGCUAGAGCUGUUUUACAGUCCCUCAGUAUGACAGAAGGCAAGCAAAGAAGUAGUUUGGAGUACCAGCAGUUAUUGGAGAAACAUGGGUUCAUCAAUGUGCAGAUUAAAAUAACAGGAAACCUAUUAGAUGUAAUUUUGUGUUUUAAGGGAACGGACUUCUCUGUAUGAGGUGCUUAAUCCAGUGCUUCACUAAAGCUUCUUUCUCCGUCUGUUUUCUUUUGUGGGAAUAAGAGUACAUCCUUUACUAGUGGGUUUUUAACAUUUUUUAAAAAUCUGCUUUUCUAUAUGUUGUUGCACAGCUUUAGGCAGCACUGCAUUAUAGUGCAAUUACCAAAAUAAAUGGGCUUGUUUUAGCAUGGUUGUGAAAA